UGCUGGAGGAUCUUAUUACAUGCACAAGGGCGCCGCGGUAGACCCACUCUGUUUACCAAGAGACCCUCAAUGGGGGUCCCAUAACAACUGGAAGGACAAUUUCAGAGGACUUCUUUACGGGGCGGAAUACAAGGGUGUUUAUAGUGACUCUGUGUCCCAUCUCGUGGAUCACGACGUGCCCUGUGCCGUCUGUGAAACUAUUGGUGAAAAGCCCGUUAUAGUUAUCCCAGCUCGAACAUCUUGUUACUCAGGAUGGAAAAAGGAGUAUAGUGGAUAUCUGAUGUCCGGUCAUCAUGGCUACCAGGCUGGUUCUGAAUAUUCUUGUGUGGAUCAAUAUCCCCAAACUGUGUUCGGAGGAAGCCCACGCAAGAACGGUUACCUUUUCUAUCUGGUAGAGGGAAGAUGUGGCAGUCUAAAAUGCCCUCCCUACAGGGACGGGUGGGAAAUUACCUGUGUCGUUUGUUCUAAGGCAUAGAUGACAUAGAACAAACAUUUACAACAUUAAAAUGAUAAAAUUUAA